AUGAUGGUGGCCGUUCGGUCAACUACAGAUGAGGUUGCUCAACUGCAUGCGAUCAACCGCGUGCUGCAAGCGACCAAUACGACUGAGGUCACAACGUUUAACACCAAAUGGAAGAAGCUGAUGGAAACAGCGGUUCCCUUUGAACGCGGUGAGAUCUACACCAUGUGUGCCAAGUGGUGGACUUCCACGUCCGCCAGUAAAGAGCUGUCUCGCGAUUCCAAAGCCUCAGUCAUGUUUAAGCUCAUGCUUAUGUCAAUUGCCCCCGACGUCUUUUUCAAUGAACACUGGAUUCAGUACAACACUGGCCAACCCGUUAAGUGA